GCGCCUUUCCAUUCGAUAUUGUGUUCGCAAGCCGUGCGACUAGUCAACGUUCAACAUCCCUAAGCAUUGCAGUAACUUCGCCUACUAGAAAUAUCUUUGUUUGGCCAAUUGGCUGUUUGUUCUGGACGCAAACCCAUCACAAUCAUGGCAUUGAACCGGAAGUACUCAGCUCUACCAGAUCUGGACACGGCGCCUGACAUUUACGAGACGCCCGAUUUGACAGAUGAUAAUUCAACAAUCCCGACCACCGCUGGUCGCUCCCAAUCCGAGAACGACUUCGACGACGAAGACGAUGAUACCCAAGGCAUCUCCCGCGCUCGGCUGCGAAUCGACCAGGCACGCUCUCGUUUCAUGCCAUCUCAAGUCGAUGCCCGAGAUGUGGACUUUUCCGAUCGUCUCAAUGACAAACGGAAGUCGUACAAGACGUCCAGUCGAAGACAGCGGGUCCUGCAAGACGGCACAGAACAUAUAGGGGAUCUAAGCGACGAGGAGGGUGGUGAAGAUCUUGAAAGGAAGAUCGCUCGGUUGAAAAGAGAGAUCGAAGAAGCAAAGGAGGAAUUUGGCAAACAGAAGGCUCAGCUAGCAACAAAUGCCCCGGCUUCAGAAGAGGAGCUUGCUUCGUUGAGUCGGGCUUUGGAUGAGAUGUCUAGCCUGCUAGAAGGAGGAGCUAUGCAUCGAUCCAAGGCCGUCAUGAAUAAAAAUGCAGACAGAAAGGACGGAACUCCACAACAGGCAAUUGAUUCCACGAACGGAGCAACAUACACCAUAACAUACGCACCGGACUACGAGCAGAGCCAUGCUCUGGCUAAAGCAGCCGACUUUGAUAAACGACUUUUGCUGCUGGAGAAGGCUAUCGGUAUCACAGCCUCGGCUUUUCCCAGCAUGGACAAUGGUGGGUUUCCAAGAGCUAUCUUGCCAACACUGGACACACUGCAAAAGCAGAUUAUGACUCUGUCAGAGGCAUCUACCACGUCUCUUGACAGUGUCAGCCGUCGAGUGCGUGAAUUGAUACAACAAUCCGAGAAGUUAGAGCAGGCGAGAAGGAGUGCGAGGGCAGCGCAAGACUCUAUUGCUGCAGCUGGAGGGCCACCUCUCGAAGCUGUGGAUUCAGAAGACUUGGAACAAAUUGCAAAGGUGAAUGCGCUUUACGGAACGUUGCCCACAAUCGACCACCUCACGCCACUUCUACCACCUCUGUUAGACAGACUGAGAUCUCUCAGGGCCAUCCAUGCGGAUGCGGCAACCGCCAGCGAGACUAUCGAACGCAUUGAGAAGUCGCAGAUUGAGAUGGCGGGUGACAUCAGGCAAUGGCGGGAAGGACUUGACAAAAUAGAGGGGGUUAUGGCAGAUGGCGAUGCAGCCAUGAAUGCCAACAUGAAGGUGGUUGAGGGAUGGGUGAAGGACUUGGAGGCGAAGAUGAAUCAGUUGUUGUAACUUCGUUUCUGACUUUGUGGUGUUUGGCUCUCUUCUCUUAUGCACUGAUACCCUAGAUUUGACAUGUCUAAAGAGAGUGAUAAUUAUAAGGCAGUGGUCUAGCAGCAAGGAUUUCCCUGUUUAGAGGCUGAAGGGAACGAUUUGAAUUGUUGGUCUUGCCCAUUAACAGUAUUCACUGCCAUUUAAUUCAUUUUCGAAAAGAGGCAGCCUUGCUAAGGUGAAUUGAUACACCCUGCAGGCUCGAGAGUGUCCAUGCGCUGAACAUUUGAAACCUUGCCGUCUUCGACGGGCUGUAACAAGCCUUGAGAAAGCUCG